GCAUGCGGAAGUGAGGGACAGGUUUAAAAUGUUUCCUUUCGAUAGAGAUCGAUCCUGAUCAAACUUGGAUCAUCUUCAGUCUACAGUCUCCACCUCCAUGUUCUUCCUCAUUGGCUGGAAACGUUGUGGACUUUGCCACAUUUACAGCAUGGAGCUGCUGAGAUUACGACCAGUCUACCAAACAUGGAGAGGUGACAGAUCCCAGGACCUACUGAAAUCCAGCAAGUAAAGGAUCAUGGCUUGUGCAUCUCAGUCAGCUUUGGAUUAUGUCCAGAGUGCCAGAGACCACCUGGUGAGAACAUUAGAGGGGCUUGCAGAGAUCGUGGAGAACCUGAAGCAGAAAGGAGUUUUCUCAGAGGAAGAAGUCAGUAAAAUAAAGACAGAGGGUGAUGACUUUGACAAAACUGGAAUAAUUGUGGACUCUGUCAUAAAAAAGGGGGAGGAAGCUUGCUAUGAGUUUCUCAGGAUUAUUGACAUAACAAGGAAGAAGUCUGGAGAGAGACCGCCAUCUUUUCUAGAAAAUGCAGAGUUACCUUCCUCUCCCUGCAACACCUUUGACCUCAACUACUGGAUCAGCUGCUUUUCCUUCAAGGAGGACGUGAACAUGGAUGUAACAUACUCACAAGACCCUGAACCGUGCCACAGAUAUCAGCUAAAGUUGAAAUCUAAAGCUCAGAAGAUUUCAGAAAGAUCAUGGACCCAAAGCAAAGCAGUUGUGUUCAACAAGCAGAGCUCCUUGUCCUACACUUCACUUGUGUUAGACACACAAGGACAGGCGUCACCAUCCAAAAUAAAAAAGUCAAAGAUCAAGAAAAGCAGGAAGCUUCGUCCUAAAAAACUAAAGACCUACAUACCUGAGAACAAACCAGGAACUUCCCCUGAUGAACUUCUGAAAUCAUAUGAGAAAAACAUCCUUUUAGUUGGCAAACCUGGAGUUGGGAAGACGGCUGUGGUCCAUCAGAUGUUGAAGCUCUGGUCAGAAAAAGAUAAGGAUCUAGAUUACAUGUUCUACUUUGACAUGAGAGAAACAGCCACCAUCACAGAGGUCCACAAACUGGAGGAUCUUCUCUUUGGUGUGUUCAGUGAACCAGAUGAAGGCAAAGACGAGGUUUUAGAGGACAUAAAGAAUAAUGCUGACAGUGUUACUAUCAUUUUUGAUGGAGUCACACAUGUGCCCUCUACAUCUGUGGUGUUUAAGCUCAUUCAGAAGACCCUUCUACGUGAAGCAAAGAUCAUCAUCACCUGCAGACCAGAGGACGAGUCAGCAGACUUCCUGUUAGAUUGGGAUUGUCUCAGAGUGGAAGUGAGAGGCUUCAGUGAACAGGGCAUCAGAGAAUAUUUAUCCAGGAAUCUGAGUGAGGAACACUUGAACCAAGUUUUGUGUAACUUGGAGUUAUUCACUCUUUGCCACGUCCCCAUGUACGCUCUGAUGGUGGCUGCCUGCUUCAGCUUUGAGGGCUCAGAUGUCUCUCCACAUCCCUGCACAGUUACAGAAAUAUACCUCAAUAUCCUCCAUAUCUGCAUUCAGAGAAAUGUUUGCAAGACAUCAGAAAAUGAAAGACGUGUAAGCAGUGCAAUGCUGUCUUUAGCUGAGGCUGCUUUUCGUGCAACAGAAGAAAAAAAUGUAAACUUAAAAUCUCUGCCACAGCUGGACAGCUGUGUUCAUUUGUCCUUUUUGAACAUGUUUCUAAUUCAGGUCGGUCCAACUGUAAGGAAACCCUUGUGUGCCUUUCUCCACUACACAGUUCAGGAGUUUUUUGCAGUGCUGUGGGUCUUGAAGGAUCCAGAAAGGACCAGAGGUGUUCUCCAACAGUGUCUCACUGAGGACACGAAACACAUGAAACAUUUGGUCCCUUUCUUGUGUGGACUGUUGAAUGAGAAGAACACUGAUUUGUUAGAAAGUCUGAUUCCUUCUCAGCAGCUCAGAGACACAUCUGGCUGGUUCUUCAAAGACUUGGUGAACACCUUUGUAGAUCGUAGUGAGGACUGUGAAAUCGACCUGGUGUUCCUAUGUCAGUGCCUCUAUGAGUCUCAGUCUGCUGAAGCCUGUCUCUGUCUCCUGGACAAACUGGAUUACUGUGUUGAUCUGAGUGGGGAGGCUCUCGAUCCUCAGCACUGCUGUGCUGUGUCCUAUGUAAUCAGCCAGAGUGAGGAGAGGAAAAUACAGCUGAACCUGGAGGAUGCAACAGUGCCAACACAAGGAAUGAGAUCACUCCUGGGAUGUCUCAACAAACUACAAAGGAGUGACUCGUUGACACAGCAGCUGUGGACCCUUUGCCUCCUCAGUGAGGGGGAGGUGGAUUACAGGAGUUUACUUUGCUUUGAUAAGAAUCAGCUGCACCUUCCAGUCAACAGUAAAAUGCAGCUCUAUGACCGAGCUGUAAAGGUCCUGCAGAAGAGUGUUGAAAAGGUUGAAGUCUGUCUUCACUGGGACUGGAGAGUCUGUCAACAUGUGAACGAGGUCCUGUUACAGUGUUUACCCAACAUCCACUCAGUCAGGUUCUGUCGGUCAACAGUAAAUCUCUCAGAUCAAACUGAGUUCUUGAUGAAUCUCUUCAUUGGAGCAGCAGAGAGAGAACAGCAGACAGGAGAGAAGAUGCUGAACAUGUUAUCAUCAGUCUGCUCUGUACUCCCGUGUGAAGGACUAUGAGACUCAGACAGGCAGGAGUGUCCUUCCAUCAUUACAGUCAGUUUUCCAGUCAGCUCCUGCAGUCUGGUUCAUAAAGCUCUCAGAGACAAAGACCUCCAUCCUCCUGGAAGUGCUGAAACUGCAGUCAGAGAAGAAAGCAGUGGAG